AUGAAGCUCACUCAGACUAUUCUGGCUCUGGCCAUUGUAUCGGCAGCUAAUGCCCAGCUGAGCUCUCUGCCCACUUGCGCGCAAACUUGUGCCACCAACGCCAUCCCCGCUAGCUGUGGUGUUGACGUCGCUUGUAUCUGUGACAACACGAGCUUCUUGAGCGACAUUGCCUGCUGCAUUGUUGGCAAGUGUACUACUGAGGAGCAGGAAGAGACCCUCAAGGCAGCUAAGGGAAUCUGCGCGGCCGGCGGCGUGACGAACCUGCCUAGUGUGGUCGCCUGCACCACUGGCGCAUCCAGCAGCACCACUGCCUCAAGUGCAUCGACAACUGGCUCAGACAGCACAACUACUGGCACCACUACUGUCACCACUACUCACACCAAGAGUGGAACUACGACUGCAAGUGGUUCCGAGACCACCAUCAGUGGCACCGUAUCUAAGACUGACACGACCAAGGCUUCCGAAACCACCAAGUCUUCUGGCACCACCGCGUCCGGUACAGUCACCACUUCCACCUCUGGCUCAGCUGCCGCUUCUUCAACUUCGGCAGCCGCCAAAACCGGCGGUGCUGUUCUCGGACAGAACAAGGACGCCUCUUUCAUGGCAGCUGCCGGUGUUGCAGCAGCCUUUGCCAUCCUCAUUUAA